AUGCCCUUCACUCUUUUUUUGGGUGCUGUUUGCAUUCCGCCCAAUUCUUUUUUUAUCUUUACAGGCGCCAAGCACGCUUCUGAUCCAUCUUCGGUGCACCUCUCGACGUCAAGGUCUCAACGCUCUCCCGAGAUCGCGCUGCAGGGUCAAACUGCCUCGUCUGCAACCGAACCUUUCUUCCGUGGUACAAAUUUGCCAUUCUGCCAACUCGAGACCCGGUCGAACCUAAGCUCCUGCCACCACCAAUUCUUUGGUGGUGAGCUCGUCAACUUGUCUCCUUCGCACCCGUCUCCGACGGCCUCAGGAGUUUUUGUAUCCCAGCCACCCGAGUCUCUCUUUAACGACUUGUACGAGACCCGAGACCACGAACCUACGUCUUACCCCAAGCAACGCCAGCAGCAUUCGACCUCGCUGCCUCCUCAGCAAACAUUCCAGUCCCAAGAUCCGGAUCCUAAUCCUGAUCCUGAUCCUGUCUCGGACCCUGCCCUAGAUCCCGUCGAGAGACUUUCCACACCAGCUUCCUCUGCGCAACGAUCCCUUCGCCGAACUCCCAAGUUUGAGUCCGCUCCCUCGCCGAGCCCUGCGAGUACGGAGCCGCGCCAGGUUCACAUUGCUGCCGCUUCAAUUGGCUUUACACCUAGCCCGGUUCCCUUUGUGAGGACGCGCCCAGACUCCUCGGUCACUGGGCUUAGCUCUUCCCUCUUCGAAGACGAAGCUCGCCUCCACCGGCAGAAUUCUGAGGAUCUAAAGGAAGGCUUCGAGAAGGAGACCUCUGGUCGCCCUCAUUCUCAGCACCAACCUCGAUCUCACUCUUCCACCCGCCGGGAUCGGCGCGAGCCGCACCCGGCUGUACGAGUUUCUAAGAAUACCCAUAGUGCUAUUCUUUUUGCUCUUGAAGAAGCUCUCCGGCACCCCAAUCCCUUUACGCCUGAUCUUGUAGAGGAAUCCGCUGACAUGGCUGACCUGAUGGCUGCCACAAGCGGAAUUCCUGCUACUACUUCUAAUGGGAAUGGCACAGCAGCUAUCCGCCCCACGGCCGGGCCUGCGCCGACCAGCUCGCCAUCCGGAAUUCGAGGUCCCAGGAUGAUAUUGCAAGAACGAGCUGCGAGAGAUGCCAGGAAAAGAGCUGAAGCCGAACAACUUGCUUUAGAACGAAGCAGAGCAGAACAGGAAGCACGUUUGCUAGAAGAAUCACGACGGCGGAAUACCGAACGUCGAACUGCUGGCGUUGCUGCUGGGCAAGGCGGUGGUUCAGAACCACAACAGCCACAGCAGCAGCAAUCCCAAUCCCACCACACUCGUGGCCAAAGCCAUGUUGCCCAAGAACCCACACACACUUCGCGAGCGUCAGGCACGGCUCCUACAGCCAAACAAGCCACAGAGCAAUCGCAAGUACCUCCGCAAUUCGCGACAAGCACGCCGCAGCAGCAACAGCAACAACCGCAACCACAACAACAACGCCACUCGCCCACAUAUGUAACCUCAAGUGGCCGCCCGCGGCCCCAACAGCAGACCGCCAAUCUUGGGGCUGCCCCUACUGAAUCAACAGCUCAACCGCAAGAGCCCACGAAACCCAGAAACUCGUUCCCUCAUGCCUUUGAACGCUGGGAAACGUUGUCCGCCCACUGGGAGGGCCUAACCAGCUACUGGAUUAGAAAGCUAGAGCAGAACAAGGACGACAUUAACCGCGACCCACUGAGCCAGCAACUCGCACGACAAGUUACGGACUUGUCAGCCGCUGGGGCCAAUCUGUUUCACGCCGUUGUAGAGUUGCAGAGACUACGGGCUAGCUCAGAAAGAAAGUUCCAGCGAUGGUUCUUUGAAACGCGUGCUGAGCUGGAGCGAGCCCAAGAGGUAAAUGGUAUGCUCGAAAAGGCACUGGAAAGAGAACGGCGAGACCGCGAUGAUGCCAUUCGUGAUGCAAUUGAUCACGAGCGAGGUACCUCCAAAGCCCAAAAGCAGCUCUCAGAGAUGCGAAAAGAACUGGCGAUUUCCAAAGAAGAAGCCAGACGAGCCUGGGAGGAGCUUGGGAGAAGAGAGCAGGAGGAGCGAGACAGAACUAGCUCACUACAAAAUGGACAUCCCACCAUUGUCGGCGGCGUGCAAGUCGUUCCCAUGACCCAGGGCGGCGUCGGCCGGCAAGGUACGACGCGAGAAACCGAAGGGUAUCAAUCCGAGUAUGGCCAAGGCUACGGCCCUGGACACUCGCAAGCACCUCCUCCAGCAUCAUCACCGCCGACUGCUGGUCCCAGCGGUGCCCAUUACAGAUCCCAGGAGCACGGCCAGUCACACGCUGGAGGUAGGGGCGGCGGCUCAGAGGGCGGGUUCAGCGAAGGUGAGUACAUCAUUGACGCCGCCGGCAACUUUGUUCUCGACUCCCGAGGACGGAAAAUCCCCUUCGUUGCCGCACCGCCCUCUGGAGCUUCGGUUUCUGAUCCCGAAGCAGACGAUUACGAUACGCCAGCAACCACAAAUCCACCCAGCGGAGCCCAUGAGCCUACAUCCACAUCUGGGGGCGAUGGACGGUGGACUGGUGCUUAUUCCGACCCUCAAGACUAUUCUGGGCAAGGCUACGGUGCGCCUGGGUGGGAGACCGUCCCGCGACAUCAUCAUCCGACGAGAUUGAGUGACGUCAUUGAGGAAGAGGAUGAGCGAAGUCGCACGAGUGCCAGCCAAGGUCGGGGGAAUUGA